AGGCGGCUGUGGGCGGGCCUAGCGGGGCCUCCGGAUCUGGGUCAGGGCGAGUGCUGAGCGCCUACGCUUCUAUCCGGCGGUGGGUCUCCGCUGCUGUCGGAUCCUGGGUAGGUCCCUGUUGUGCUCGCCGCCCUUAACCCGCACCGAGAGCCAUGGCCCAGCCGCCGCCCGACGUCAGUGAGGACGAGUGUCUUCCCGAGUACCGCCAUCUCUUCUGCCCGGACCUGCUACGGGACAAAGUGGCCUUCAUCACAGGUGGUGGCUCUGGGAUUGGGUUCCGAAUUGCUGAGAUUUUCAUGCGGCACGGCUGCCACACUGUCAUCGCCAGCAGAAGCCUUCCAAGAGUGUCAGUGGCUGCCAGAAAGCUGGCUGCUGCCACUGGCCAGCGAUGCCUGCCUUUGUCUCUGGACGUUCGCGCUCCCCCGGCCAUCACAGCUGCUGUGGACCAGGCACUGAAGGAGUUUGGGAAAAUUGACAUUCUCAUUAACUGUGCGGCCGGAAACUUCCUGUGCCCUGCCAGCACAUUGUCCUUCAACGCCUUCAAGACCGUGAUGGACAUUGACACCUUGGGCACCUUCAACACGUCUCGUGUGCUUUAUGAGAAGUUCUUCCGGGAGGACAGAGUCUGGAAAGAAGGUUGCAGAACCAGGCCUUUUACUGCUGCGUCAGCGUUCUCCGAAGAAGCAGGACCAAUAGGAUAUAUAGAGGUACGCCUGAGGGGGUUUGUUAGAGGGGUGGCUCACGCCACUGUGGAGCCCCAAGAAGUCCCACGUUCUCUGUGUACGAGCUGGAGACCCAGGAAAGCUGAUGGUAUGAUUCAGUCCGAGUCCGAAGGCCUGAGAAACAGGCGCUCUGGUGGCCAAGGGUAAGAAAGGAUGGACGUUCCAGCUCGAGCAGAGGGAGAGGGAGUCGUCCUUCCUCUGCCCGUCUGUUCUCCUGGGGCCAUCAGUGGAUGGCAUCAGUGAUGCCGCCCACAUUGGUGACGGCAGAUAAUCUUCACUCAGUCUACCAAAUCCAAUGCCAGUCUCUUCCAGAAACACCCAGAAAAACUGUUUUACUCUGUCGUUGAUUGCCUGCAUGUGGUGGUCAUUUGGCUAUGAGAUAGACCCUCUCUGUUUGGCUCCCUGCACCCACCCAGGUUGUCCCUUGGGUCUUGGGAGGCUGCUGGCGGCCCCUGGGUCACAGGCACACUCAGCGGUGCCACUUGCUGGGUGGUGAGGCUGGUGGGCCCCGCGCACAGGCUGGCGAGAGGACCAGGGGGUGUGGGCAGACGGCCCCAGCAGUGGCACUCAGGCUCUGUGGCGAUUGACAGAGAACUAAGUUGUCCUCUUUCACAUUAGCCAUCUCUAGAUUCCCUCAGGAAGUGUCAGGUUCUCUGAAAGGAGGGGUAAUUCCGUGCACGUGAACCCUGGUCAGAGUUUCCUGCAACCUUCGCCGUAGAAGCUGAUCUCCGGGCCGCCCUGAGCUCCCCGUUCGAUGGUGAGGGGGUCUCGCUUUCAUCCCUUCGAACCACGUGAGACCAGGAGCCAAAGCAGAGGACUGCCAGCCACAGAGGCAGUGCAGCCUUCCAGCCUCUCCCAUUCCUUCACCAGCGUCUCAGGGAGCAGAUAGGCAUUUUUGAAAAGCUCUGCGUGCUUUAUCUGUUGAAUGAAUAAAUGAACCAAUCCCAGCUUAUUCACCCUAUGCCGUGUGAGCCACACAGAUUAUUCCCGAGACAUCCCACCAUGCAAAGGACGUUCGGGUGUUCUCGCCCUUGUAAUACAGAAAGCAAAGGAAACCUCAAAAUGGUCUGAAAUAAGGAGUGCUGAUUUGGGGAGUUUCUCUCUGCUCACUCCUCCUGUUGUCAUGGUAACUUGGUAGAAUUCUGCGGUGGCUUGUAUGAGCCGGCUCUGUCCUUGGUGUCACCUUAGAAAGGCCCAGAGGUCAGCACCAGGCACUAAGGCUGGUUUCCCAAAAGCCAGACUUGAGCCGUGCCCUUCUCUUGGUCCCUGGGUUGGCACGCCCUCCCCGUGUUUGUCUCUGGUCGCUCUGGGUCUUUCACCUCACCCCUCCCCAUCCCCCCUCUUUGCUCACACACUAUCCACCAAGUGCACACUGAGCUCCUGCUUGUGCCCGGCACCCUGGCUGAGGACCGAGGCGUGGGCACCCCCGAGUCUCCUGAGCUUCUGCGCUCUCUGCCUCGGCAUCUGUGCCCGUGGGCUCGCUGAGUAAAGCGGGAAGAAUGAGGAGUCCCAAGAACCCCCACAAUUGGAGGCUCAGUAGAUGUUCCUGUCUCCUCUGACCCUCACAUCCCCUUGUCCUUAUCCUAUGGAUUAGAGCAAACCCGCUUCUCGUGGUCAAGCCCCCACCCUACAUAGCAGGUCCCCGGGAGGGGGAGGGCCUUGCUCCUUCCUGCCCUGCAUAGAGGCCCAGUCACGCUGCAGCUAGGUCCCCUGGAGCAGGGUCGAUGAACUCUCCAGGGUAGGGUUUCCCUGGCGGCACAUGGGCCCCCUCAGGCAUCUCCCUCAGGAUACUGAGGCUAGUCUGUGUUGGAUGCUGGCAUCAGAAAUCUGCUCUGGGGGCGCCUGGGUGGCUCUGUCGGUUGAGCGUCCAACUUCGGCUCAGCUCAGGUCAUGAUCUCGAAGAUCAUGAUUUCAAGCUCCGCGUGGGGCUCUGUGCUGACAGCUCAGAGCCUGGAGCCUGCUUUGGAUUCUGUGCCUCUCUUCCUCUCUCUCUGCCCCUCUCCCGCUAGCACUCUGUCUCUCUCAGAAAUAAACCUUAAAAAAAUUUUUUUAAUUGCAUCUUAAAAAAAAAAAAAGAAAUCUACUCUUACUCUGGCUGUUCAGAUCCAAAGAGAGGGAAUGUGUGAGAACACUCCUGGGCUCCUUCACUGGCUCCAACGGUGGGUGUGCUAGGGCUCUAGGGCCCAGGGGUGAGCACCCCUUCCUUCUUCCACUUCUCCCUCUCCCUGGGAACCUGCACAUUCCCCUCGCUGCACAUCAGCUCUCUCUACGACCAGGUCCCAGCCACUGUGUGUUCAAGCUGCAGCCCAACCCCUGGAGAGAAGGGCUGCCUUCCUUCCCUCAGAGUCACAUCCCCAGUCCUGAGGAAAGGUACCCAGUCACUCCGUUCGGAUCAGGAGUCUAGCGCUUUUCAAUAAGCCGCAGCCAAGGUUUGAUCACACAUAUAAACACGGCAACUCCCAUUACAGCCACGGGCUUGGAGAGGGGCUGCUUCUAGAAAAUGUGUUAGCAGACCAUCCCAUGUGGAUCCUGACUGACACCAAGGAAACUCACUAAAAAUCAAUGUGUAGCCUAGCGUGCUGAUGUGUGUGUGUGUGUGUACUCUUUUCCAGUGACCAGGUGAGUCUUAGGUCUCCCUCUGGUGAAACCCAAAGGCCGGGUGGAAGAUGGCAGAGAUUGCCUAAGUCUGUGCUCUAUCCACACUCCCCGCCCCUAUCUCAGGGCCAGGGCUCUGCCCUACUCAACCUUUUUUCCUGGGGACCAUGGUGGAGACUGAAUCUUUCUUUGGACUUUCCUUUUCCUUGCCCUUUGUAACUCGGUUCUUUGGUGAAACAGUACCCCCCCCCCA